AGAAGAUAGCCCCGUGUGAUGAAGAUGCCGAUGGCAGCUUUUCCGAAAAAGAGAUUGCAUGUGUGGUGCAGAAAGGUUUGCCUACAGCUGAAAAUAUGGGCGAUUCAGCGACGGCGCCAGAAUAUGAAGAUACAACAGUUUCUACACUAACAACAUACAAGCGUUUCAGUUUCUCGUCCUAAUAUUCAAACUUGACUUCGACUGCCUUUUUUGUGUGUACUUACAGGAUCGUUUCGAUUCCAAUACAUGUUGAAUUGCGUAGAAGAUAUCAUUUUCUCCCUUUCAUCCCCCGAAACCAAGCGGCAGCGGGAAGAGCUCCGAGACUCUGCAAGGGGGUGGCUUACUUCCUGUGAACCUGAACAAAGCCGCAACGCGUGCAGAGGACCUCCAGUUUCCUCCUGGGGCUGAUGUGAGUAGAAGAAUGCGCGAAACUCUCUUUAGUCGUCUAGAUUCGAAUGGAGAUGGCAAAGUAACGCCUGAGGAAGCAAUGGAUCUACAAGGCCGUCAGAAAGCAGAGCAAUUCCGGCAGAUUGUCGACAGUUUUGGUUCUUCAGACGGUGCAGCGAGGAAGGAGGAAUAUGCGCAAAUGGUUCAGAAAACCGCACCUGAUGGCGAAUUAGCAGAAUGCAUGUUUCUCUAUCGAGAUUUAGACCAAGAUGGGAAAUUGACACGAACUGAAGCAAGUCUGCCAGAUGCACAGGUGGCUUUGGCGCAUGAGGAACAGAGUUGUGGUGGACGAAUGCUCAUGGAAGCGAUGGUGCACAAGCCAAGACGCAGGUUGCAGGAAAAAAAGAAUUUUGAAAUCGAGAAAGGACUGAGGAUUAGGAUGCUAAGGGAGAAGGGAGCGGGAGGUAACAGAAUAAGAUCGGUUUUGCUCCUCCUGCUUGUUUAAUUUGACGAGAAAACUUUUGAUGACCUGCUACCAACUGCAGCUACAUUUCUAUUAGAAACACUUUUCACUUCUUCCAGCUCCCUACGACCGUUGGCUCGAACGACGCCGCCUAAAAUCUGAAGGCGAACAUGCAGAGCAUCGUCGCCAAUUGGAAGGUAUUCAAAGCGGUAUUGAUCGCAGAAGACGACAAAGACGACAGCUGACUUCGUUGACAUUAUGAUGAGAGAGAUCUUCGACUAGCACUAGGACUACUUUUUAGGUGGACUCUUAGAUUCCUUCGCAAGGAGUGAAAUGAGUUUGAGUAGUUGCAGAAAUAGUUACAGAUACAGUGCUCGUCUUAGUCUCCAAGGUCUUACUCUCCAAGGUCUUACUCUCCAAGAGGUCUUACUCUCCAAGGUCUUACUCUCCAAGAGGUCUUACUCUCCAAGGUCUUACUCUCCAAGAGGUCUUACUCUCCAAGUCCAACUCUUCCAAGCAGCAUCGUAACUUCUACUAGGCUCUUUCUUCUUCUAUUUCUUCUAAGUCCAGCAGCGGAACAAGAAACUCUUGGCGGUGGUCUCGCACACAACCCUGGCACAGCUCCAGGUCCCGUAGGUGAAGCAGAGGAACUACAGCAAUUCAAAUCUCUGGCUUAUUUCUCGAGUUUGUCCGACGCAGAUUUGCGGAAUUUUGACGAAACUUUUCAAUCUGCUGACCGAGAUGAGUUCGCCAGAAUCAAAGAGGACCUUAAGACGAUCGUAGAAGCAGUAACGUGCCACAACUAUCGCAGAGUCCUCGCUGACGAACCGGAUGAGAUGGGAGUAAGGCCAUUAAUUGGGGUCGUUGUGGCGAAGGAGAUCGGGAGAAAUGGAAACAGUGAUCAGACUCAGAAUCAUGAUGUUGAUGUUGAUCACAAUGUUGAGCACCUACACAUACAAAAGAAGAGUAGGCGCUUGUUCGUCUCCAAUCCUCCAUCUGGACCGACUGAGCAC